UUCAACAUGAGGAAACAUUUCUUCAACAACGCAGAAACCGGAUUCUUCAAGACCGUCAAGAGGAAGGUGGUCCCCAAGAACCCCAUGACAGACCCCAGCAUGCUGACGGACAUGAUGAAGGGGAACCUGACCAACAUGCUGCCCAUGGUUCUGAUCGGGGGCUGGAUCAACUGGGCCUUCUCUGGAUUCGUCAUCACGAAGGUUCCGUUUCCUCUGACUCUGAGGUUCAAGCCGAUGCUGCAGCGAGGAGUCGACCUGCUGACGCUCGACGCCUCCUGGGUAAGCUCCGCCUCCUGGUACUUCCUGAACGUGUUUGGACUCCGGAGCAUGUACGGGCUGAUCCUGGGUCAGGACAACGCUGCCGACCAGUCCCGGGUCAUGCAGGACCAGAUGACCGGCGCUGCCAUGGCGAUGCCCCCCGACCCAAACAAAGCCUUCAAGAGCGAGUGGGAGGCGCUGGAGGUUGUGAACCACAAGUGGGCUCUGGAGAACGUGGAGGAGAACCUGAUGAGCCGAGACCUGAACUUUGGACCCCCCUCCACCCCCGCCUCGUCCUAGAACACUGUGGGUCCAUGGAGGGUUCUGGAUCAGCUCUCGUGGGACAGAACAGAAACCCAUAGAUGUGACGGACACUUCGGUUCUGAUUAUUUAUUUUUCUAACAGCAGUUGUUGGGCCCGUUCUGUGCAAAGGUUCUGAUCCGGUCCUCUUGGUCCAGAGGAGUUUUCACUCAAUGUAUAAAAACACGAGUUCUGGAUCAAAACCUUUGCAGUGAUGUUGGUUCUGAUGAUCCAGGACCCAAAGUUCACAUUAAAGAUGU